AUGAGCCUUCAAAUUUCGACACUGACGUCUAUAGCGGGACAACCACCCACUGGCAGUCGCCGUCUUUCGUGCCCAAUCACAGGUCCAGGAUCAGAGUUCGAUAAUCCUCCCUAUAAGACCUAUGCGCGAAGGUGUAUAAAGGACCAGCAGGAGAGCACCUGUGUUCAAAAACCCUAUGUAUGCUUGCGAAAACCGGCCGACGAACAAUGGACUUUUACAAUACGAAGAAUCUCUAUGGGAUGUCUGAAGCCUAAGGCGACUAUUCAAGCUUUGUCAGCCACAACUGGGAAAAGAGGAGCAAUCAUUAUCUCAGGAGUAAUGGAGUUCAACUUCUUCGGCCUUCCCUACGUGGGUUCGGAUAUCUGCGGCUUCAACGGGAACACCACAGAGGAAUUGUGCGUGCGAUGGCAUCAGAUGGGAGCCUUCCAUCCCUUUUGCAGAAAUCACAACACGGAACAAGGCAGUCCACAGGAUCCGGCCGUGUGGCCAUCCGUCGCCAAAGCUGCUCGACUCGCCCUCAAUUUCCGCUAUACGUACCUGCCAUAUCUGUACAGCUUGCUCUAUGCUGCCGCUGUUGAUGGUCACACUGUGAUUCGCCCGCUGUUCUUCGAAGUAUCCAACCGAUUUUGUGGCUAUGGAAAUCGAUCAUCAGUUCCUAUGGGGAACAUUACAAGCGUACACGCCUACUUCCCUGCUGACGUCUGGUACUCACUGAUUCCGGCGAAUUACGGUCAGCAGAUGGAUAUUGGUUAUGUGGACGUCGAAGCUAGACUCGACUCUCUUACUCCGGUAUUUGCACGAGGUAAGUUG